AUGGAGAACAUCCGAAAGGUUGAUAUCACUUUCGUUUGGGAUUCGGCCUGGAUCCGCGCCGACACUACCGACUCCAUCGAGGCCAUCUUCCCUGCCCUUCUUCGCCAGCGCUCCAAUUUCGUAUUCGAGAUCCUGUUGAAGGCGCCAGACUUGCGAGAGGUCGUCAUUCAUUGGCACGACUCCAUUCAAGACGACGAGAGCGCUAACCUCAUGCUCGACAAUCUUGCACCCUUCCAUACGUUGGGCGCUACCGUCAACAUCAUCGAGCACUACAUCGCGGCGGACGCCAAGCCCAAAAAGCGUAGUAUCGCUGGCAAGCGUCGCGUCGAGUUCCAAAACAUACUUGACAUGGGUCUUGAUCGGCUCUUCUAA